AUGGUUUCUACAGAGAUUGAUAUCAUACUUCAAUUGAUUGUUUGUAUUGUUGAGCUCAUUGCUUUGAUAUUCAUACUUUCUGGUAGCAUGAUUGGCAGCGAUAUCGAAGGAUUUGUUGUAGUUUAUGUUUGCAGCUGGUUUAUCCCUGAUAAUUUUGAUCCCGAAGCUAUUUGUAAAAGAAUCGAACACGAUACAUAUUUGGAUUUUAUAAAUUGUAAAUACACUUUACUCUAUGACAAGUUAACUGCAGAUGUAUCAUCAGGCGUAGCUGAUAUCCUUAUAUGGAACAUGCCGGAUAGUAUUAAUAGCGUACACUCUCCGUCCUACGGUACAAUUUCAAGCCAACAAAAUAAUGAUCAAUUCGUUUAG